UUGGUUCUGGCCGGAGACUCGAGCCCUAGAAAGGAGAGAACAGGCUGCCGAAGCCGGGGACUUCUGAUCGUCGUCACCUUCUGCCCCAUCGCCGCCUUUACCAUGAACCCAGACUUGCGCAGGGAGCGGGACGCUGCCAGCUUCGAUGCGGAAAAACUCACUUACAUCCUGGAUGGGGGCUCCGAGAGGACCCGGCGCCGCCGGGAGAUCGAGAACCUGAUUCUGAAUGAUCCGGACUUUAAGCAUGAAGACUUGAAUUUCCUUACCCGGAGCGAGCGCUAUGAGAUAGCUGUCAGAAAGAGUGCCACAAUGGUGAAGAAGAUGCGAGAUUUUGGCAUUGCUGAUCCUGAAGAGAUCAUGUGGUUUAAAAAACCACAGUUGAUCAAUUUUGUGGAACCGGUUGGCCUCACUUACUCCAUGUUUAUCCCUACCUUGCUGAAUCAGGGCACCACUGCUCAGCAACAGAAAUGGCUGCCUCCAACCCAAGGACUCCAGAUAAUUGGCACCUACGCCCAGACCGAGAUGGGGCACGGAACUCACCUUCGAGGCCUAGAAACCACAGCAACUUAUGACCCUAAAACACAGGAGUUUAUUCUUAACAGCCCUACUGUUACUUCCAUUAAGUGGUGGCCUGGUGGACUUGGGAAAACCUCAAAUCAUGCCAUAGUUCUGGCUCAGCUCUACACUAAGGGAGAGUGCUAUGGAUUGCAUGCCUUCAUUGUACCUAUUCGAGAAAUGGGAACCCACAAACCUUUUCCAGGCAUUAUCGUGGGAGACAUCGGGCCCAAGUUUGGCUAUGAUGAAAUGGAUAAUGGUUAUCUAAAGAUGGACAACUAUCGAAUUCCUCGGGAAAAUAUGCUGAUGAAGUACGCCCAGGUCAAACCUGAUGGCACAUAUGUGAAGCCUUUAAGUAACAAACUGACUUAUGGAACCAUGGUGUUUGUCAGAUCCUUUCUUGUGGGAGAGGCAGCUCGAUCAUUGUCUAAAGCUUGCACUAUUGCUAUCCGCUACAGUUUAAUAAGGCACCAGUCUGAAAUCCAGCCAGGUGAUCCUGAACCCCAGAUCUUGGAUUUUCAGACCCAGCAAUAUAAACUUUUUCCUCUCUUGGCCACUGCCUAUGCCUUUCAAUUUGUGGGAGCCUACAUGAAGGAAACCUAUCAUCGCAUUAAUGUGGACAUCAACCAAGGGAACCUGAAUGAACUACCUGAGCUUCAUGCACUGACAGCUGGGCUUAAGGCUUUCACCUCUUGGACAACUAAUUCUGGCAUUGAAGCCUGCCGGAUGGCUUGUGGCGGGCAUGGAUACUCCCACUGCAGUGGCCUCCCAAACAUUUAUGUCACUUUUACCCCCACCUGCACCUUUGAAGGCGAAAACACUGUGAUGAUGCUCCAGACAGCUCGGUUUUUGAUGAAAAGCUAUGAUCAGGUUCACUCAGGAAAGUUGGUGGGUGGCAUGGUGUCCUACUUGAAUGACCUGCCUAGUCAGCGCAUCCAGCCACAGCAGGUGGCAGCUUGGCCAGCGAUGGUGGAUAUCAACAACCCAGACAGCCUCACAGAAGCCUAUAAACAUCGAGCAGCCCGAUUAGUAGAAGCUGCAGCAAGGAACCUUCAAGCCGAAAUGAAGCACAGAAAAAGCAAAGAGAUAGCAUGGAACUUCACCUCGGUGGACCUUGUUCGAGCAAGUGAGGCUCAUUGUCACUAUGUGGUAGUAAAGCUCUUUUCUGGAAAUCUCUCUAAAAUUGAUGACAAACCCAUUCAGGCAGUCCUGACGAAUUUGUGUCUCUUAUAUGCCCUGUAUGGAAUCAGUCAGAAUUCUGGGGACUUUCUACAGGGGGGCAUCUUGACAGAGUCCCAACUUACCCAAGUGAACCAGCGGGUGAAGGAGCUCCUGACACUGAUCCGCCCCGAAUCUGCUGCUUUAGUGGAUGCAUUUGAUUUUCAAGAUGUUUCACUUGGCUCUGUGCUUGGCCGCUAUGAUGGCAAUAUUUAUGAAAAUAUGUUUGAAUGGGCCAAGAAAUCUCCACUGAAUAAAUCAGAGGUCCAUGAAUCUUAUCACAAACACCUGAAGCCACUGCAGUCUAAGCUGUGAAAUCUGUUAUAAGCAACCUAUCAGCUCCAGAAAGCAUAGAUGCUUUGCCUUCCUUUACACUGGAUGCAUGUAUUGUGAAUGGAAUCUUUAUCAAAUACUGAUAGCCUUAGAACAAAUAAUAAAUUGGCCCCUCAUCCUCUUUUUAUAAAUGAAGAAAAAUGGACAUAUUUGGGAGAUUGAAUGGAAAAUGGAUAUGUCUUAAGUGCAAUUAAUAGUGAGAGAGACUUUUUAAGCAUUCAGAAAAGCUUUAUAAAAAUAUAGUAUGGCUUCUAUUCAUAAUGCUGCUAAUUUCUGUGGUCUGUGACCUCGAUGAUAAUUAGCAGUUUUUAACUACUAAGUAGUUGACUUUUCAAGUUAAAACUGCUAGUCACUGGAUAGAUUUUAAGCAUGAGUGUUUUUAAGCAGAAGGUGUAUUUUGAGGUGCAGUAGAACCUCAAUUUGCAGGCUUGCCUGCAAAUGUCCCACAACUCUUAUAAUCCUGGGACUGUCUCAAAAAG